AUGCCUAAUUGUGCCUGCAGGAUUCAAACAGCUGUGCAAGUGCAGGUGUUGGAAUCUGUUGUAGCAGUACUCUUUCUCAUAUAUCAAAAUGAUCCCCAUAAGCCAGAGGAGAAAGAUGAAAUUUCCAAAGUCACAAUCAUAAGUCUUGUCCCCUUAUUGGUGAUUUCUGUUGCUGUGAUUGUUAUCUUUUACGCCUACCGCACUCAUAAGAAGAGGAAGCUCAACAAGGCCUGGGAGAAGAAUGUUAAGCCCAGGAAACAUAAAGACUGCAGUGAUGUUUGUGCCAUUAUGUUGGAUGAUGAUCACUCAGACAUCAGCUCUACCUGUGCCAACAACAUCAACCACAACACAGAAUUGCUGCCCAUUGAGCUGGACAUUGUUGUUGGCAAAGGAAGAUUUGCUGAAGUGUAUAAAGCCAAAUUGAAGCAAAACACAUCUGAGCAGUACGAAACUGUGGCAGUAAAGAUCUUCCCCUAUGAAGAAUAUGCCUCCUGGAAAACCGAGAAAGACAUUUUUUCGGAUGUAAACCUUAAGCAUGAGAACAUCCUCCAAUUCUUGACCGCAGAGGAGCGUAAGACAGAUCUUGGUAAACAGUAUUGGUUGAUCACUGCCUUCCAUGCUAGAGGAAACUUGCAGGAGUACCUCACACGGCACAUUAUCAGCUGGGAAGACCUCUGGAAACUGGGAGGAUCCUUGGCCCGAGGGAUUGCCCAUCUGCACAGUGAUCACACACCCUGUGGUCGCCCUAAAACCCCUAUUGUGCACAGAGACCUAAAGAGUUCCAACAUCCUGGUGAAAAAUGAUUUAACUUGCUGUCUCUGUGACUUUGGGUUAUCUCUGAGGCUGGACCCUUCUCUCUCUGUGGAUGACUUGGCCAACAGCGGUCAGGUUGGCACAGCAAGGUACAUGGCCCCUGAGGUCCUGGAGUCCAGGAUGAACCUUGAGAACAUGGAGUCCUUUAAACAAACAGAUGUGUACUCCAUGGCUUUGGUCCUUUGGGAAAUGACAUCUCGCUGCAAUGGUGUUGGAGAAGUGAAAGAGUAUGAGCCCCCCUUUGGUUCUAAAGUGCGAGAACAUCCCUGCGUGGAAAGCAUGAAGGACAAUGUCCUAAGAGACAGAGGGCGACCUGAGAUCCCCAGCUCCUGGCUCAACCAUCAGGGCAUCCAGAUGGUGUGUGAGACCCUUAUUGAGUGCUGGGACCACGACCCCGAGGCUCGGCUCACGGCGCAGUGCGUGGCGGAGCGCUUCAGUGAGUUCAAGCACCACGACAAGCUCUCAGGGAGAAGCUGUUCAGAGGAGAAGAUCCCCGAGGACGGCUCCGUGACCACCGCCAAGUAGCAUGCACCCAAGAGCUCCGAAAUGGAGGGAGGUUACUCCUAAGCACGUUACCUUGGCAGAGGAAGAAGUCACGAUCGGUGCCUUGACUUGCUUCCUGGAGGACUGAGGCUGUCACUACUCCCUUUGAGCUGUGGCUCUGGGCAGGGAGAUGUAUGCAUGGGAGUUAAAAGCCAGGGAGCGGGUGUUGUACUCCAGCAUUGGCAGCCGGCGUCAUGUCAUAGGAGGAGCUAAGUCUGUUAGCACUUCCUCAGGAAAUGAGAUUUGAGAAUAGCCAAUAACAUUAUGCACUUUAAUAAUGCCUGUAUAUAACUAUGAAAUUGCUAUUUUUAUAUAUAUAUACAUAUAUAUUAAAAAUGUCUGUGUAUGUAUAUAUCUAUCUAUAUAUCUGUAAACAGCCAUGAUCUGAAGAAUAGAGUUUAAAAAAUGCUCGCAGGAAAUUACCUGUGCAUUAGAGAUCCCUCCCCCAUUGGGAAAGCACCCGGGGAGACUGGUGUAUCAGGACACUAGCGAUUGUGCACUAAGCACUCUGCCAAAAAGAUAGGAACAAGGAGCAAUAAGAAGAUGGCUUUGAAGCAUGUGCUGCACACACCCAGCUGUGGCCCAGGAGACGACAGUUGCAGCAGCAGUCUCACAGCAAGGAGACAGAUCUGGCUUUGCAGUUGUAACUACACGCUCCUGCCUGGAGUGUUUUUGGGAAGAUUCGGGGAUGUCUUUGCCCUCUUGCCUUAACCCCAAGGUCCUCACAGCCUCCCAUAGCGGGAGGGAGCGUGAGGAGGUUUGGUCCCACCACCUGUGUUUCCAUGCAGAGGUCAUUAGUGUUACGUCUUUAUUGCUCUGAGUUCAUGCUGCUUGCAAGCAGGUUGCAAAAUAGCAGCGGGAUGAGAUUUUUCCCCUCCUCCCUUCCUGACCCUCAAACCGCACCAAGUCCAGCAGUAAUCCAAGCAGAUGUUUUAUAUUUGCUCUGCAUUCUGAACGCAGACUGUACUUAUUUUUUCCCUUUUCCUUUUACCUUAAUUGCGUUGCUGUGAGAACAAAUAACUUUUUCCUAGUACAGCAUAUCUGAUUGCUUGACAUACCACAGCCUGACUGUUCCAUGCUUUCUAGAGAAAAGCAAGAGACAACACCCAGUGCCUUUGCUUUCACACAAGGACCUUAGAAAUGAGGGGAGGCUCCAUGGCAUCAGGUUCAUGGCAUAUCCUGCCCUCUUCUCUGCAGGGUAGUGGGAAUUUAAUUAUCCAGACAGUUGACAUAUGUAAACUUAUACAAAUGACAGCAGUGCGUUUUAUAAUUCUGACGAUUCUGUCUUCAGGAGUUCUGCAGUGAUGUUUCACUUUUUUCUUCCCUUGGCAUGUGUUUGGGAACUGUUGAACCACUGAUUGAUCACCUGAGGCGAGCACUGAGUCAGCCAUGGAGCACAGGUGAAGGCAAUUCAGCUGUGUGAUGGAAGGGGUGGAGCCUGGCUGCACCUCUCCUAGACCCCAUUUAAGGGCUGACUGGCACUGGGGAAGGGUCUGUUUCUGGAGAUCACUUUCUUCGGAGUUUUUUCUGUGGGCCUAGGACACGGGUGAGCAUUUUCAUUUAUUUUUUAUUAUCCCCUUUCCACUGUGAUAGUCCUUCUAGUUACAUGACCUGUAAAAUGCUAACUGUGCCACUCUGCUAAUUGUACUUGUUGAUUGUGCAGCAUGUAAGCGGGCUGUGGAAACCAGGAGUUGAGCACAGAGCAGUCCCACACAGGUCUGCAUCAGGUGCAAUUCACUGAACAUCUUUGACAGAUAAACUUUGAUAUUAAUCUAGAAGAUAUUGCCAAGUUAGUAGGAAUCAUGCUUGUUUAAAUAGGAACUCAGACUGACUUGCAGUGAGAAGUACUUCGUUUCAAAUGGUAUUGUAUCCCCGUUCAUUUUGUUUUAACUGAACUGCUCAGAAAUAUUUAAACAAAGAGCAAAAUCUUAGCAACUACAACAGGAUUCAGAGGACACUGUGUCAAAUUGAAGGGGAGAGGGAUUUGCAUUUCCAAAAAAAAAAAAAAAAGGCAAGGAAAAUGAUGCAGCUGCAGGGCCACUGCCAUCUAGCGAGGCGCAGCUGUGUGCUGCACAGCAGGACUGGGGGGCUGAGGGCAGCCAUGGCUGCUUUCUCUCCCUCCACCCAACUGAAGGUCAGGGAAUGGCAUCCAGAGGUUACUGACAGUACUGACACAUUUAUUUCCUUUUUUUUGUUGUUGUCGUUGUUUUUUCUUGGUUUUAUUUUGUUUGUUGUUUUGUUGGUUUUUUUUACUACAACAUGUAAAGGGAUUUUUUUUUAAUUCUCUUAAGGAAUACUUCACCUGUACAUCAUGUAUGAAAUAGGGAUGUGAAUGUUAUAUACUCUUCUUUAUCAAAUGUUUCAAGCACUUAACUUGCUUUGUAAACAGUGUUUGGGGGCUUUUUGUUCUUAUUGUUUUAUAUAAAUCAAAUGUUUAUUGCUGCAAAUAAAAUAACACCGACUCAAA